UCUCAAUUUUUUAUUCUUGAAAAUAUUGUAUUUCAUGUAUAUGCAGAUUUCUUUUCCUGGCUUCUGAUUUGUACCACAUAUUGCAUUCUGUAUUUGUUAACAUUACUCUGUAGAGAAAUAUAGCAGAAGAAAAGUAAAUCGGGGAAACUUCUGCUAGCCCAAGAUCGUUAAAUAAGAUUGGAAGAUUCAACUAAAGAAGAGGAAGCUAUGGAAAGGAAAAGUUUACUUGAAUUGGCUUGUAUUGGUAGUAUUAGCUUACAAUUGGGGUUAGUUACAAAUGACUAAAACCACCCCUAUUUAUACUUGUGUAGGGAUGGUUCUAGAAAUACUUCUAGAUACAUCCAUUAGAAAAAUCUAGUCAUCUUUAUCUCCUACCACUACUCUAGAAUAUCAUGAUAUUAUUCUAGAUACAAAAGGGUAUAGAUAAUUCUAUCCUCAACUAUAAAUAUCUAAGUGUUUAGAACUUCUAGACAUUUCCUAAUACAAUAUAUUUCAAAGAUAUUACAUUAUAACUUUCUAGAAACUCUUCUAAAUAUCUAUGAUAUUUAUUCUUCCAAAAAAUUAACUUUAAUUUUUCACACUCCCCCUUAAAGUAAUUUUUUGGAAGCUAUCCUGAACUUGUCGUGGAAGAACUCAGACGAAGCUUUUGGACAUGCCUUGGUGAAGAUCUCAGCAAUACUUUCUCGACACUUCUUCCUUCUUCAAAUGAUGAUGGUUUUCCGCUAAUAAUGGCCUCCAAAGAAACAUGAAUAUCUCUUGAUAAAAUUUUCAUCUCGGUAGCAGGCAGACUUGCCACUAUUUCUUUUUGGCCUUUGCGAACCACGUGACUCAUCUUCAUGCUGAACUUCACAUUCUUGAGUUUCCAGACUCCCCCUUUCUCUUAGCUCCUUAACAAUUGUGUUAUCUAGAGAACCAUCUGAGUCGAUGACGAUCUGACCAUGGAUACCCUUCGAAGACUCAACACCAACAUAGGAUCCACCAAUACAUUCCCUUUCUAGCUACUCAAAAAAUUGUUUGGCAGCUUCAGAGCAUCCGAGAACCAUAUUAUCUGUCUCUCCAUAUGAAAUUGAGCCUUCGAGGUCAACCUCUUCAUCUAUUUGACCGUCAGCUUCUCCGUCUGCUUCCAGUAUUUGAUCUGAGCUAGUGAUUGACUCUGAUAUGGCAGAUGAUUGACCAGAGACUUCAACUUCCAUUACAACUCCCUCAAUGCUUUCUCCAGAAUGAUCACCAUUGUCAUAUAUAGUUUCAGAAACUUCAUGCUUAGGAUCUACUUCAACAUCCUCCACUUCCAGACUUUUAUUACCAGUUUCAGGAUCUGCUUCGUUGAUUUCCUCGGUAGCAGCUACCACGUCACUGGUCUGAACGUCUUUGGAAUCUGAUAGAUUAUGUAAAUAUUAGAUAGAAUAUUUUGUAAUCUCCUAUUUUAGGUUAGAAUAUUUUGUAUAUUUUGUAAUCUUCUAUUUUAGGUUAGGAUAUUUUGUAUAUUAACCAAUUCAAGGAAUGAAAGGAAACUACGGAAAAUAAUUCUUUCAUGGUAUCAGAAGUCUAGGGUUUUCUUUCUCCUCCUCUCCUCUCCUCUCUGCUGCCCUAGCUCCGUCACGGCUGCCCCUUCUUUUCCGCCACUAUGUUUGACUCAAAAACCUCCUUCCACCCCGCGUUCGCCGUCUCCAACAUCCGCAAUCACAUUUCUGUGGUUCUUGAAAUGGAGAAUGCACAAUACGGUACAUGGGAGGAAUUGUUUAAAAUCCACGCCAAAUCCCAUAAGGCCAUACACCAUAUCAUCGCACCAGAGAAAGGGAAGCAGGCAGCCACUCCCUCCGAUGACGAAAAAGAGCUUUGGUCGACUCUUGAUGCGACCGUGCUCGAGUGGAUUUAUUCCACGAUUUCGAAUGACCUCCUCACUACAAUUCUUGAACCUGAAGCAACGGCCAUGGAAGCCUGGGUUCGCUUGCGUGACAUAUUCCAGGACCAUCAAAACUCCCGUGCCGUCAUGCUCGAACAAGAGUUUUCCACUACUAGGAUGGAAGACUUCCCAAACGCGUCCGUGUAUUGUCAAAGGCUCAAGAGCAUCUCCGAUCAAUUAAAGAAUGUGGGGGCUCCGGUUUCAAAUUCCUGACUUGUUCUUCAGCUUGUUUCGGGUCUCACCGAAGCUUUCAAGGGUGUGGGAACGCAGAUUCGCCACAGUAAACCAUUGCCUCCAUUCAUUGAGGCACACUCCUCUCUUGUUCUGGAGGAACGAGAACAGGCGAUGCAGGCGGCCCACACUACCCCUUCGGCGAUGGUGGCUACCACAGGUGGUGAGGGUUCCACUUCCUUUUUUUAUAAUACUCACAAUUCUGGUCAUGCUGUGAAUAACAGGGGCAAAAAUAACAACAAAGGCCGCAAUUCUGGCCGUAGUAACGGCGCUGGCCGUGGUAAGGGCGGCCGUGGUGGCAGCCGCGGUAACAGCGGCGGUAAUUCGCAGCCACAGCCAGGCAGUUGGCCGCGUCACCCUUCUCCUCACCCUUGGCAGCUUCCGAAUUAUGCAUGGGGUUGGAUGCCACAAUGGGCCGUGCCUCCUUGCCCGUAUCCGUCAACUUGGACAAGACCUGCGCAAGGCCCCUCGGCCCAACAGCCGGGCGUACUGGGCUCUGCUCCCCAGCCUCCGCAACAGGCCUUUGCUGCUGCCCCGUAUCAGCAGGUGUAUGCCCCACCUUAUGCUCCAACGGACAUCGAAUCAGCAAUGCAUACGAUGACUAUGAAUCCUCCGGAUCAGAAGUGGUACAUGGACAGCAGUGCCACAUCUCACAUGACAUCCACGAAUGGAUUUUCAGACGGGGAUGCCAAUAAUGAGAUGUGAGAGCCAGGGCGAUCUAUAUCCCAUCACCACCACCAUCACAAAUACAACCAAUUCUCCAUCAACCUUUGCUGCUUUGUCUUCUUCUCUUUGGCAUGAUCGUUU